CAUGAGAGGCUUUAUAGGACUCUGUUUUAGUCAGAUGUAUCAUGACCAUUGUGGGAGGGUUUUUCCUUUAUUCUAGACUUCAUCUGCACUUGUUCUUUUCCAUUCAGUUCCACUGCUGAGUUUGCUGCUUUCAACUAUUUAACAGGUUUGGUAGCCUCUGAUGUUUCCAGCAGAGUGAAAUCAUGAUGUUUGGAGCAGAAUCUCAGGCUUGGCGCUCAGAGGGAGAUGCAUCUGCAGAUGAUCUGCCUCCUCUGAGACACCAUGGGAGCAAUCACUGGUUGCCACCUGACAUGCCGGACCUUAAGGUUGUUCUACUGGGGAACAGCUGGUCUGAGAGAAGAUCAGUGGGAAACUUUAUCCUGGGAGAGAAUGUGUUCAACCACGAGGAGGAGCAAGUAAACUGUUACAGAAUCAGUGGAACGGUGGAGGGAAACAGUGUAGCUCUUAUCGACACCCCAGAUCUAAUGAAAUGCAACAAAUCUCAAGAACUGACUAAUCAUGCCAAAGACUGUGCAACAAUCUGUAAUCCUGGACCUCAUGUGUUCCUGCUGGUUUUACAGCCUGAAGACUUCACUGAGGAACACAAAGACAGUCUCUGCAGAGUCCUUGAAUAUUUCAGUGAUCAAUCAUUUGAUCAUUCAUUCUUACUGAUAUCAACACCAAGAGAGGAGAGUUUAGGUUUAAAGAAAGAUUACAAGUCACUUCCUCCAUUAAAAGACAUGAUCGAAAAGUGUAAAUACAGAUACUUGGAUAGAGAGAACCUUGAACCUCUAGAGCUGCUGACGCGUUUGGGUCAAACUGCAAAGGAGAACAAUGGAGAUCACGUCAGCUUUAAAACACUUGAUGCAGCAGCUACACUAUCAGGUCAUCAUCAAAGCUCUCUUCUAGGUAGAGUUAAGACUGUUGGGAUAACUGCAGCCAAAAAAAUUAUGCCACAAAACUUGGUCUCAGGAAAAAGUCCUGAGAGUCAGACAUCAGCAAUUGGAGUUGUCCUUCUGGGAAAAAGUGAUGGCAAACAGACAAAACUUGGUAACAUCAUCAUCAAAGACCAUCCUUUCCAUAAACAAAAACUUCAGACCAAACACUCAGAGGCCCACACUGGGAAUUGGAAAGGAAAACCAGUAACAGUAGUGAAAACUCCAGACAUGUUCAGUCUGUCUGUGGAGGCUGUGAGGAGAGAGGUGAAGAGCUGUGUGAGUCUUUGUCCUCCUGGACCAAAUGUUCUGCUGCUGUUAGUGAAACCUUCUGAUUUCACUGAAGAGAACAGACAAACACUGAAGAUCAUCCUGAGUUUGUUUGGUCAAGAUGUUUUCAAACACUCAAUGGUCAUCAUGACACACAGAGAGGAUAUACAAAGACCUGUAAAGAAGCUGAUUGAAGACUGUGGAGGAAGAUGCAGCUAUAUGUUUGAAGAUGAUCAGAGUCUGUUAAUGGAGAGGAUAAAAAACAUUGUAUGUGAGACCAAGGGAAACUUCCUCACUUUCACUGAAGAGUCCACAAGACCAAAGUCUAAACUCAACAAACCAGCUCUAAACCUGGUUCUGUGUGGGAGAAAAGGAUCAGAGAAGGCUUCAGCAGCAAAGGCCAUUUUAGGUCAGACAGGAUUUUAUUCAGCCUCCAGCUCAUCAGAGUGUGUUAAACAUCAGGGAGAGGUUUGUGGACGUUGGGUUUCCCUGGUGGAGCUUCCUGCCUUGUAUGAAAAACCUCUGCAGGAAGUGAUGAAGGAAUCAAUCAGAUGCGUCUCACUCUGUGAUCCUGAAGGUGUCCACGCCUUCAUCCUGGUCCUACCUGUGGGUCCACUCACUGAUGAGGACAAGGGAGAGUUAGAGGCCAUCCAGAACACAUUUGGGUCUCAAGUCAGUGACUUCACAAUGAUUCUGUUCACUAUUGACUCGGAUCCUUCAGCUCCACAAGUUGUCGACUUUCUUGAGAAAAGCAUGGACAUCCAGGAGCUCAUUAAGCGCUGUAGAGGAUCUUUUGUUCUCAACACCAGAGACAGGCAGCAGAUCCCAGAGCUGUUUGAUAAUCUAGACAGACAGAGAACUGGAUUCAGCUACACAACAAAAACAUUUGUGCAUGCUCAAAUAGAAAAGAUCAUCACACAACAGGCUGGCACUCGGGAGGUUGAUGAUAAGCUGAACCAAAACUGUCUCAGGAUUGUGCUACUAGGGAAGACUGGCAGUGGAAAGAGCUCUUCAGGAAACACCAUUCUGGGAAGAGAGGAGUUUAAAUCUGAACCAAGCCAAAAAUCAGUCACCAAACACUGUCAGAAAGCUCAUGUUGAAGUGAACGGUUGUCGUAUCUCUGUAGUCGACACUCCUGGUCUGUUUGACACAACCUUGUCAAAUGAAGAGGUUCAUGAUGAGAUGAUUAAAUGCAUCAGUCUUCUGGCUCCAGGACCACAUGUCUUCUUAAUGGUGUUAAACAUCGGCAGAUUCACAGAUGAAGAGAAGAAGACAGUAAAACUCAUCAAAAAAGGCUUUGGGAAGAAUGCUGAGAAGUUCACCAUCAUACUUUUGACUGGAGGAGAUAACCUGAAGUAUGAGAAACACUCUAUUGAAGAGUACAUUAAAAACAGUUGUGAUGAGCCUUUUCAGAAGCUGAUUGCUGACUGUGGAGGAAGAUACCAUCUGUUUGAUAACCGUGAGAAACAAAACCAAGAACAGGUCAGUGAGCUGAUCGCCAAGAUCGACUCAAUGGUAAGAGAAAAUGGAGGCAACUGCUACACCAAUGAGAUGCUGCAAGAAGCUGAAGCAGCGAUAAUAAAAGAGAAAGAGAGGAUCCUAAAGGAGAAGGAAGAAGAGAUGAGGAAGGAAAUGGAAGAACUUCAAAGAAAACAUGAAGAAGAAAUGGAAGAAAUAGAAAGAAGAAUAGAAGAACAACAAGCAGAAACUGAAAUGCAGAGAGAGCAGAGAGAGAAACAACUUAAGGAAAAGAAAGAACAAAGCAUCAACCAAGCGGGAGAAGAGAGAAGGGAAAAGCAGAGAACUAGAGAAGAGGAAGACGAGAGGAAAAAGCAAGAGGAUGAAAAUCAAAGACAGGAGUGGGAACAGAAACUUGCUGAUUUAGAGAAAAUGAAACAGUCAGAAUCAGAGGAAAGCAAGAGAAAACUGGAGGAAGCUGAAGAAAAUCUGAAGAAAGAAAGAGAUGACUGGGAGAAAAAACAAAAGGAAUGGUGGGAAGAACGAUAUAAAGAACAUAAACAGAUACGACAUGAGGAAGAACUGAAACGAAUAAAGCUCCAAGAAGAAUAUGAAAGGGAAAAAGAAAAGAAUGAAAGGAAAAGAGAAGAAGAAGACCAAAAGAGAAGAGAAGAAGAAGAAAAAGAGAAAAAAGCUAUUGAGGAAAACCACAAGGCAGAAAUGGAGAACCUGAAGAAAACAUUUGAAGAAGAAGCCAGAAAGAAAGCUGAAGAGUUCAAUGAAUUCAAAGAGAAAAACCAAAAGGAAUAUGCAGCUCAGAAAGAGGAGCAUGAGAAACAGAUGAAAGACAAAGAUCAGGAAUACGAUCUCUUACAAGCACUCUCAGCCCACAAAGAAGAAAAGUUAAAGGAAAAACAUCGAGAUGAACUAUAUAACGUGGUAAAAUGUGUGGCGAAAAAUAAAAGAAAUGUGAAAAAAAUCAGCAACUUACUGGAAAAACAUGAGAAAGAGAUGAAGAGGGUGAAAACAGAGGAAGAAAAGAAAACCCUGCAGGACAAACAUGAAACAGAAAUAACUGAUCAUUUACAGAAAUUCAUGGAUGAUGUGGACACAACAUGGUGUUCAAUUCUAUGAAACGUCAUUAAUGAAGAUAAAAUGAUGCAUUUACUCUCCAUGGCAGAGCAGUUUCAGAUGUGACUGUUUUUUUGCCUUCAUUUGGUUUUCAAGGAAGAAACUUGAAAGAAUCUUAAAUCUGACAUAUUUUAAGCAGGAAGUGGCCAGUGUUUACCAGACAGUAGUUUAGUUUGUUGACAGUAUGGUAAACUACCAUUUCAUACAAAAAUCUGUAAAUAAUGCAAAAAUUAAGACAAGAGUACCGUAGCCUGCACCAGCUAAGUACCAUCUUAGGAUCUGACGUAGAGUCCACACUAAACCCUACGCUGAAGCGAGUAAAGUUAUAACUAAAGUUGUGUUUAAGCUUUAUGUCAAAUUAAUACAAAUAUUUUUUGCUGUUAUGACUCAGUGAAAAUUAUUUUUUCAACCCAGUGUUUGCUAGAGAUGCUGACAGCUAAAAAUAACAUGCUAACUGCUGUUAAUCCUCAAAGACAUUUUGCAUCGGUGAUUAAUAAAACCUACAGACUAAACUUUAAAACUAUAUCAAAUAUUAACACUGAACUCACUGCUCAUGGAAAACAACAGUGAUACUGAUCAUUGAGAACACACUACUGACACCAAAUUGCCAGUAAUAUCUUUUGCUCCUCGUCACCCUCAGAGUUAUCCCGUCUUUCAGAACUAUCACUAUGACAGCCAUAUUUUACUAAGGACUUUAGGCCUAGUAGGAGGCAGGUGAAAGAUUUAAGUUAUAACUUCAGCCAACAUUGAAACUAUCUCAGCUGGUGCAACCCCUUCAAUGUUAGGAGAGCAUAAACUCUGUCAUAAGUAAGAAGUUAUGUUCAAACUAGGCUAUGUUUGAACUUACACACAGCUGCUGCAUCCCAUAGCUGUAGAUUUCUGUCUUGGUGUUUGCAUCCCAAGACAAAACAUUUUUUUUCUGCACAGUUAAAAUCAGGCUUUAAAGGCUGAAUGACUCGCUGCAAGUCAGCUUUGUGAAAUCUUGAUCUUUUUCUCUGUGCUUUAGUUUUUGGCCAAUAUUUGGUGUUUUAAAACAGCCACAACAAGAACCUGUUGUUCUGCUGACAUAACAUGUAUGCUCUGUUGUUUGUUGAUCCUGACUGCUUUGUUUGAAAUUAUGCGUUUUCUGUCGUUUUCUCUUUUUUCAUUAUCACACUGGGUAAAAACUGGAUCAGCCCAGAAAAAAAUGACCUCAACAGCUGGAGGUUUGUCAAACUAAGGAUUUUUUUUUCUUUUGUAGAUAAGAGAAUAAUGAUUUUAGUUGAGAUGAGAGAAAUGGAAUGAAAAUAAACUUAUCUGCUCUAGGUAUCACAUAUGUAAUGGAAUCAACUCUGUUCUGUAUUUCAUCCUUGGUUUCUGGUUUUUGGUGUGAUUUGAUGUGAAAACAUGAAUUAAAUGUUUCCCCACUGUGCUGUACAGAAUGUUACCAGUACAACUAAAUAAAACUGAGCAGUGCUCCCUUUUAUAUUUACACACUAUAUACACUUUUGAAAAGGUUGGGUGUUCUGUUGGAAGCAGAUGUUUAUUUCCUCAGUAUGAUUGUAUUUCUUUGAUAUUCACAUGCUGCACAUAAGAAUGGCAAGAAAUGGCUAUUUAUCACAACAGCAGAAUUUUAGGAGUGUAACUUAAAAUUUGCUGAGGGGGAUGGAUUUAAAUUUAACUCACCACGAAAUAAUGACAGAUUAGGGUAAGGGGCAGGGGGAUAAAAUUAAAAGUUACACACCACAAAUUAAGAAAAAAACUCUGACAGUUGAAGUCACCCCCUUGUAGAGGUCUGCAACAGAUGAGCCCCGAAGUAUGCAGCCAAAUGCCUCUUGUUUUAUUAUUAAAGAUCAGUUUUUAGCUGGUUUAAUUCUCAUCUUUCUCAUGGAGAAAAGAUAGCCUCUAAGAUCUGUAGUCAUAGUUUUUGUAGAUCAGCCUGUGUAUUCAUAUUUUUCUUUAUUGAUCCACCAGGGACACCGUACUUGUAAGCUUGCCUUCUCUCUCACACUCUGUCAAUAUUUGGUGCCAUGUUUGUUAUGAAAUGUAGUUAUUGAACCAAGUUUCAAACUUCACCACUGCUUCUGGUUCAAGAGAACCUUGUUUGUAAAAAUCUUUUCGCUUUAUUAUUUCUAAAGAAAGUAAAUAUAGUUUUUAAAUGUUGUGUAUAAUUUCAACCAGGCAUCAAUCUAUGCACAUUACUUUAGUGUUAAACUUUCUCCCUCUGCAACUUCUCCACAGUUUAAUAUCAGUGUAUUUGCUAUCAGGUAAAAAUAAGUUUUAAUGGAACAGUUCAGAGAAGGAAACAUUUUUACAACUUUUUUUACAAGCUCUCAGCUUUUUGCUCUUAGUCCAACACACACUCUGACACAACACACAGAAGCACACAAACGUGCUCCUGUACAACAGUUAGAUCUUUAAUAAAUCCUAAACAUGACUGUCAUUCACAUGAGCGUCCCUGACAAUUUCUAAAUUCUAAACUGUCCAGGGCCUUUACCCAAACAUUACAGAACACAGAAGAAAGUCCUCUCUUGUUUUUCUUUUUAAAUAAUGUUUCAAAAUUUGGGGCCCCUGCCAGACAUGAGCCGGACUCUUUGGAUCUUCCUGUUGUGAUGUAGGCUGAUUUUUCUUAAGCAUAUUCAGUCACUAUGCAUAGCUUAAUCUGCAUGUGCUGGUUUUUCUAAAUUUAAUACACUAAAGGUGAGGUCUAUCAAAGCAGACCAGUCUUAAUAUUGAUGUUGAACAAAAUAGUUCUAAGGUAAAAAUACUGUUUACAAUAAGAGCCAUUAAUAUUCAUUAUUGACCACGACACAGUUUUGUUUAAAUGUUUACCUUUCAUGGAGAAUCUUCUUUUAUUUUAUUUAAGGAUUUUAUUUUUAUUCAGUGGUUGGAUAAAUGACGUGGCAUGCAUAUUCUUGUCUAUUAUUUUCUUUGGAAAAUGCCAUAUCUCAAUUUGUUCUACAAAACCUACCUUGAUUGAAAUGGUUCUAAGUCACUGGUUUUCAAAGUGUAAGGCGGGCCUCCCCUGGGGGGCGCCACAGAACUUCAGGGGAGGCGCGGAACCAUAAACCAGAAAAAAAAGGUGAUUUGCUUUGCUAACCUCUGCUGUGCAUGGAGCAAAAUGGAUAGACUUAUAGUUACUUUAGGGACUAUGCUAUAGAGUCAACUGUUCAAGUUAGGAUUUUCCUGUUUUGUUCUUUAAAUAAGAGAAGAAUAAUGUUACCUGUGAUGAAAGAAAUGAAAUGUUAAACUAAAUGAAAAGUCAACUAGAAAUCAAAUAUAAUGAUGACAUUACAGACAGUAUGUACCCUGAUUUUUUCUGUUUUAUAUCAUGCUGAAGAAAAGAUGGUCUAAACUGAUGUUAUCCACUUUGGACAGAAUUCUUUGUUGUAAUUUGAUGUGAAAACAUGAAUAAAAUGUUUCCCUGCAGUGCUGUAAGGA